AUGGGCUUUGGAUCCAAGGCCACUGGCGGAAAGGCCGGCAGGUUCUAUGUCGUCAAUGAUCCUUCAGAUGAUUAUACCGACCCAAAACCAGGAACCCUACGUCAUGCUGUUAUUCAAAAGGAGCCAUUGUGGAUCAUAUUUGACAGAGGAAUGACAAUUAGGCUACACCAGGAGUUGAUCAUGCAGAGUGAUAAAACUAUCGAUGCUCGUGGGGCUAACGUUCACAUUUCUGGUGGCGCUGGUAUCAUGAUCCAGUAUACAAAAAACGUGAUUAUCCAUGGCCUACACAUUCAUGACAUUGUCCAAGGAAAUGGUGGAAUGGUUAGAGAUGCAGUGGACCAUAUUGGACUACGCACAAUGAGUGAUGGAGAUGGCAUUUCCAUAUUUGGUGCGUCCAAUAUUUGGAUUGAUCAUGUGUCGAUGUGGAAUUGCUAUGAUGGAAUUAUUGAUGCUGUUGAAGGAUCCACUGGUAUCACCAUAUCUAACGGCCAUUUCACAGAUCAUAAUGAGGUGAUGUUGUUUGGUGCAAGUGAUAGUUCUUCAAUAGAUCAACAAAUGCAAAUUACACUAGCAUUCAAUCAUUUUGGAAAGAGAUUGGUGCAGAGAAUGCCCAGGUGCAGAUGGGGAUACAUUCAUGUUGUUAAUAAUGAUUAUACUCACUGGAAUAUGUAUGCUAUUGGUGGUAGUAAAAAUCCUACCAUUAUUAGCCAGGGUAAUCGUUUCAUUGCUCCUCCUGACAUCUUCAAGAAGCAGAUUACAAAGAGGGAAUACUCUCCAGAAUCAGUGUGGAUGCAGUGGACAUGGAGAUCAGAGGGAGAUUUAUACAUGAAUGGGGCAUAUUUUGUUCAAUCUGGUGAUCCUGAUUGGUCAAAGAAACAUCAAAAUCUUUACGAUGGA